AGCCGUCAAUAAUCUGGACGCCGAUUUGCUCUCGUGUUACUGCGGCACACCGUAAGGGGGGGUCGGGGGGAGUUUGGGAUGCGGGCUCCCCCCCCCCCCCCCCCCCCCCGCACACACACACACACGCGCGUAUGCUUUUUCGAGCUACCGCAUUCACAUAGUUGGCUCCAAGAUGCGUCUUGAGCUUUUUCUUGCUUACCCCGAGCCCUAGCAGCGGGCAUGGGAAGUGUGCAUUAGCGAGGUAUUCCACGCCCUGUCAUCAUCAUCAAUCGCCGAUCAGCAUAAUGUCGCCUCCGGCGUCGGCUGCGACUGCCAGUGAAAGCCCCACCACCACCACCAUCACCAACACCAACACCACCACCACCACCGUCGCGUUUGAAGAAGACAGCAGGGAGGAGCAAAAACCCCUCAAGCAAUCUCUGAGCAAGUCACUAUGCCGCGAGAGUUUCUGGAAAUGCCUUCUCCUCUCCAUUCUCAUGUACGGCUGCAUGGGAGCCAUGGUUUGGUGUCAUGUGACCGAGGUGACCCGUCUGACCUUUGACAGCGCCUUCAAAGGCAAAUCCAUGAUGUACCACGACAGUCCCUGCUCGGACGGCUACAUUUACAUCCCCCUGGCCUUGCUGGGCAUGCUCUACUUGGUCUACCUGGUGGAAUGCUGGCACUGCCACGUGCAGAACGAGCUGCAGCACAAAGCGGACGUGGACGGCAUUUACGAGCGAAUCCAGAGAAUGCAGCAGGCCAAACCUUGCAUCUGGUGGAAGGCCAUCAGCUACCACUACGUGCGGCGCACCCGGCAAGUCACGCGCUACCGCAACGGCGACGCCUACACCAGUACGCAGGUUUACCACGAGCGCGUCAACACUCACGUGGCAGAAGCCGAGUUUGACUACGCUCACUGCGCCGUGAAAGAUGUUUCCAAACAGCUGCUGGGCCUGGAGAAGUCUGCCCUCACAAAGAUGCGUUUCACCAAGUGUUUUAGCUUCGCCAACGUCGAGUCGGAGAAUUCCUACCUGACGCAGCGAGCCAGAUUUUUCACCGACAACGAAGGACUGGACGACUACAUGGAGGCCAGGGAGGGCAUGCACCUGAAAAACAUUGACCUGAAAGAAUACAUCAUGGCUCUGUCCGACCCGGAGCGCCACCCCUGGUAUCUGUCCCAUUACGUCUUCUGGUUGGCCUCCUUCCUCACCUUCUCGUGGCCUCUACGAGUGUUCACCGAGUACCGGACCGCCUACGUCCACUAUCGUGUGGAGAAACUCUUUGGACACGAUUACAUCCCGGCCACGCCGUGCGAGGACCGACCGUAUUGGCGACGUAUCCCUCGCGUCAACACCGUGGACAGCACCGAGUUGGAGUGGCACAUUCGCUCCAACCAGCAGUUGGUGCCCAGUUACUCGGAGGCGGGCCUCAUGGACCUAGCCCAGCGCGCCUCGGGCUUCGGCGUUCGUCAGAAUUGCGAGCGCUGCCACAGGGCUAUCAGUUGCUCCUCGCUGUUCUCCAGAAGCGCCCUCAGCAUCUGCGCGGGAGCCAGCUCCAGGAUCCCCUUCAGCGGCAGCCGCUUCUCCCUGGCCCGACGCUACGGAUCGCAAAGGAGCUGCUUUUGGAGGAGCGGCAGCUUGAACGAGCAGGAAAGUCCCAGCGAAAACACGCGCUGUCUUUCGGAGCGUCUCACGGCGGACGACGAAGAACCCCCGGACUACGACGACGCGCUGUGUUACCCGGUGCUGAUCGUCCACUGCAGCGACAACUGCCACAGCCGCAGGUCCUUCCACACAAAUAGCUCUUGUGUGGAGACUUCACUAUGAAGAAAAUAUGUAGCAUACAAACACUUGGCUGCAUGUGAGGUACACAAAGGAAUGCCUAAAUCCCCAAUGUGGGAAUCAACAAAGCAAUAAGUGUGAUCAGUAAGGUGUGAAGACUGUUAACGCUGCCGUCGCUGCGGUUACUUCGCUCGCUCGCUCGCUCGCUCACUC